GAUCGCGCGCGUGUACUACUCGGGCUAGGCUAGCUGUGUACGUAGCUUAGCUAACCGUCUCUGUGGGGCAGAGAAAGAUGGGAGACGAAGGAGAAGUUCCGCUGAUCCAGGUGACCAACGUGUCUCCCCAGACCACCAACCAGCAGAUGAAGGAGCUGUUCUCGUAUCUGGGAAGCACCAAGGAACUGAAGGUCUACCCAGAGAGCGACUCGGCAGUGAGUUUCCCGAGUAAAGUGUGUUUUGUGAGGUUUGCGGAGCUCGCCAGCUGUCAUACUGCUCUCCACCUCACCAACUGCAUCUUGGUGGACAGAGCCCUCAUUGUAGUCAAAUCCAAGUACCCUGAGAUUCCAGAUGAAACAGUCGCUCUCUCACUGGCGGCUCCAGCCAUUGCGGUCGCCAACAUCGGAGUUCAGCAGCCAAUCACCCAUACAGCUCCCCUCCUCCCCACCCCUCCCAGUCUUUUUAACAUGGGUGGACUAGGGACCUCUGUCCUCGGGAACCCACCCUGUACGGCAGCUGCCACUGUCGCCGCUCUCUCAGCCGCCAUCCCCGGCCUCGCUGGACUGGCUCCCGGCAUGCUGCAGUUGCCAGCUAUGUCGGUGGCCUCAGUAGCUACUUCCAUGGGUGUCACGAAACCACUCAUCUCCGUCAUGGGCACAGUGGUCCCCCAACCUCCUCCCCUGACGGGGAACGUCGACCCAACCAAGAUCGAAGAGAUACGAAGAACAGUCUAUGUUGGGAACCUCAGUACCAAGGUAUGUGUGUCGUGUAGGAUGGUACGGAUGAUUGCAGUGUGCACCUUCUUUUGCAUAUCGAUCUUGACUUGCAAAGCCACAGGUAACCGCUGCUUUUCUCUCGUUCUGUGUGUGUUUGUGUGUUUAUCACCCUAUCUCCUUUCAUCUCUUUGUUGUGGUUGUCUGUUUUCCUUCAUUUACCUCUUCCCUCUCCCUCUCUCCCUUCUUCCUCUCUCCCUUCUUCCUCUCUCCCUCUCUCCCUUCUUCCUCUCUCCCUCUCUCCCUUUGUCUCUUACUCCUAUCUAUCUUCUUUCUUCGCUCACUCUCUCUCUCUCUCUCCUUGUGGUUGUGGUUGUUGUUUUUUCUCUCGGGUAUCAUUAGCUGACGGCUGAGCAGGUGCUCACCUUCUUCCAGCCAUGUGGAGAGAUCAAGUAUGUCAGAAUGGCCGGCGAUGAGACACAACCCACAAGGUUUGCGUUUGUUGAGUUUGCUUCUCCGGACUCUGUCCCCAUUGCUCUGCAGUACAAUGGAGCCAUGUUUGGCGACCGACCCGUCAAAGUGAACCACAGCAAGAACGCCAUAGUGAAGCCGCAGGGUGUAACUCCGCAGGAGGAGAAGAGGGAGGUGGAGGAGGCCAUGAAGAGGAUCAAGGAGGCCAACAAAGUCCUUUCAACUACCGUCGUCGUCGUCAAUACCAACUCUGAAAAGACAAAGAAUGAAAAGAAAAAACGGUCGCGUUCUCGUUCCCGCUCUCGCUCUCGCUCCAGAUCUCGAUCUAAAAGUCGACGCAAGAGAAGUAGGUCUCGCUCCAAAGACCGUCGCCGACGUUCUUACUCCCGCUCUCCACGUCGGAGGUCAAGGUCACCUCGGAGGAGGUCCCGCUCGCCGCUGCGUCACAGUAGCAGUCGCUUCCCGGCCUCUCGACGAGACUACGGCUACAGUCGACGAUCUCCCUCGCCGCGACGAGACCGGGUCCGCCAUCGUGACCGCGACAGAGACCGCGACCGUGAUAGAGACAGGGAGAGGGAGAGGGAGAGGGAGAGAGAGAGGGAGCGAAGAGAGAGGGAGAGAGAGCGGGAAAGGGAGAGGGAAAAGAGGGACAGACGUGAGAGACGAAGGUCGGUAUCUCCAAGUCCUCAUCGGUCACCGUCACGCAAAUCAAGGAGCUCUCGAAAGAAAGAGAAGAGAGAUGUAAGUCGCACCCCCAGCCGCAGCCCCCUUCGAUCGGGCAGCCCCUCUCGUAAACGCUCAAAACGAUCCAAGAAGGACAAGAAAAAGCGCCACAAGCGGUCUCCCUCCUACUCUGCUUCGGCCUCGCCCUCUGCAGAGUCUGAUUCCCAUUCCCCGAGUCCGGAACCAGCCGCCGUCGGUGGUGGUGGUGGCAGCGGUGGUGGUGUGGCGUCCAUGUCAUGGGGGAGUGAAGAGGAGGGCGGGGGCACGGGACAAGAGGGAGGAGGAAAAGAACUCUGACAAGGGGGGUGGUGGAGGAGGUGGGAGGAGUUCGGGAGGGGAGAGUGAGG